AUGGGUGGUGAUGACCUCUCCGAUCAAAUGACUGACCAAUAUGCAUCUGAAAAGAGGAGAGUAAAAUGUUGGAAGAAGGUAGUGUUCCAUUUGAUAGAUAGAACUGCAACUAAUUCUUAUAUCUGCUACAAGUGUAAUCCAAAUAUCCGAGGCAAGCACAAGACACAUCUGGAAUUUUUGGUUGAACUUGUACAGGGCCUUAUUGGUGGCUAUGAAGAACCAAGAAAGAAGGUAGGCAGACCAAGCCUUGGUUCUCCUGAAGCAAGGAAACUCCAAAGGCAUUUUCUUCAAGUUAUCCCAGACAAGAAAAGAAAGAAAUGUGCAGUGUGUGCCCAAGAUCGAGACCAAGGGUACAAGGGAACACAUGCAUAACAACAUGGUGUCCAGAUUGUGGGGUUGGUUUGUGUAAGGGAACUUGCUCUAAAAUUCGCUACCGUAUUUGGAAAAUAAGCUAACAAACUAUUACUCGGUAGGGUGAGAUAAAACUGUGUUGCCAUAUUGAAGACCAACACACAAAUGAACACAACUGAUAAGUUUCAAAUACAUUUAAUAUCAUGUUUGUGUGAUGUUACUCUGAGUUUAUCAGGGUAGCCCACUGCGCUAUAAUAUAUCUGGAGGAAGUGCUCGGCAUCAAGAGGUGAAGCCAAAAACAUGGAGGAUUUUCAUGUCUGCUGAUGCCAAAAUGACGCCACUGGUCCCAAAUCCUCAUGGUAAUUACCUCUGGCCAACCGUGAUCCUCGACUUCAGAUGACAAUUUCACCCCCCUGGUUUUUGGCUUUUUCCCGCCUUUGGCUUCAAACAACUUCGCAAAAAUGCCUCGUUUUUGCUCGGCUUAUGGAUGCCACAAUACUUUCUCAAGGCAGGUCGUAAAAAUCUUUAACAAUUCAUGAGAAAAACUUAAAAAUCAAAAACUGACUGUGUGGGUCUGCAUGGACACAAAAUGUACCAAUGUCAAAACCCGUCAUUUCAAACAGCAGAGACUGUAUAUUUAUUAUACUUUUAGUUUACCAAUCACUCCAGCACUCACUAGUUAUUGUCAGUUUUAUAUUACCAAUACCACAGUAAAAAAUUGACCUGUUUUUUAAAAUUAAACUUUUCAAAUAUGCCAAAUAUACAAACAGAAAGUGGUGUCGGUUGUAUAUUUAUGUAUUUUAUAGUGGAUACUGGAUAGGGUACUGCCAAAUGGUUUGUGUGGACAAUGACAAACUCUAAUUUAUAUCUAUUAAGCCUAAGGAAAUUUUAUACGAGUUUCAAAAAAUGGACUUUUUUAAUAUAUAUUGCCUUUUGGAAAAAUUUUAUAAAUUAUAUUUGCGUUUUAUAGAUUAUACUUUGACUUUUCCUGCUUUCUUUACUCCCAAAGAUAUCUACUGAUAUCUACAUGUACUGUAUAGUAUAUCCAAUCAGAAAUGCCAAUUGGGCAAUUAAUGGUGUCAAAAUCAUUGACAUCACAUGCAUGCAUGCAUGCAUAUUCAUGACAACUGAAAUUGAAUUUGGGUUAAUAAAAUGCCUCAAAGAAGUAUAUGGUAAUUUAUGUUACUACUGAGUCUGAGUGGUGGUCAUGACUGAAAAUAUAUUACUGUAAAUAAAUUUAUAGUCAGAUAUAUAAAGUACAAAGUACACAAAAGUUUAAUUUAAUCCAUUGAGCACCAGCGCUCUCCCAUGAAUACUAGGUCUAGGCAAAAUCGUCUUACAUUGGACAGAGUAAAAUAAUAAGUAGAGUGUGUUAGGGUGCAAUGCAACUUGAUGGGUUAUUAACCCAUAAUGAGCUCCAGCACUGAAUAAUUUACCCUGAAAAUGAUAAAAUGCUGCAGAUAGGACAUAUUAGGGUGCAAUGAUUAGGCAUGUGGGUGGAUAUAGUCUGGUUAAUAAAACCCAUGAGCACAAGUGCUAGACUUAGACCCUAAUUCACAGCACUCGAAAUUAUAUUAUGAAAUUAAAUAUUUUAAUUAACAUUUGGAAGAAAAAUAUUUGUAAGUAUAAUAUAAGUACUGUAUUCUCUUCCAGUUUCCCAGAUGCCAGGAAAAACACUGAGAUAUAUGCAAAAUGGAUGGAAAAUGUGAACAAGAAUGCCCCUGUUAAGUUUGUCCCCAUGAAAGGAAGUCGCCUUUGUUUGCAACAUUUUAGCUCGGAUAUGGUGAAGGGGGAUAGAGAACGAGUUAUACUGAAGCCAAAUGCUAUCCCAACAAUAUUUCAGUAUUCUCAGGUGUGUGUCUCUAUUAGUUAUAAUUAUUUGUUGAUAUAAUAAACACAUUUCUACAUCCGGUGUUAGAUUAGAUUUGAACAGUGAAAUAGCAGUCUUGUACCCAGAGCAUGGCCUGUUCACAGGUUAGGCAUUAGCUCUGGAGAAAUCGAAUGAAUUAAUGAAUUUCAUUGGUUGACGCAACAUCAGGAUUUGUGCAUGGAUGUCGCGAAGAUCCUAAUAAAGCAAAGCAAAUUUUAUAUAAAACGAUGAUUUCUUUGUAGAUUCGAAGUUUAUCUUUAUUUCAUAAUGCUCACAUAAACAUAGUUAGAAAUAGAAAUUUCAUUGAUUAUGAUCAUGGACUAGUCAACUACAUCAUGGCAUGAUAAAUGACCAAUUGAAAUGGCUCUGUAUAAUGACACAGGUUUUAUAUAUUGUAUAUUGUAGGGGAAACACAUACUGUUACUAAUUUAUAAAAAUUAUUCAGAAAAUUUCAAUUAUCACUGUAUUAUACUAUCAAAUAUAAUUCAUGACAAGAAAAUGCAACAUGAAAAAACCUGCUAACCUGUAAACAGGAAUACUCUGGGUAUGAGAUUGGUGAAAUAGUAAAGAAAGCUGUACUUGAGCUUUCCCUUAAAUUAAGGGUUGACCCUGCAUUGAUGGCUAGUUUCUGUAAUGUUAAUAUAUUUUACCUAUAAAAUGUGUGGUCAGGAACAGUUUUUUAAAAUAAGUUUCUAUGUUGAUCUUCAAGUUGCAGAAAUCACCUAGAUUGGUAUUGCUUAUAUUUCUUAUUGGGUUUAUUUAAACCUCCCAAAUGCGGUCUGAUGGAGAGGUCAUCCCAUCUAGUUUCAGUUUUCAGUUUAGUUUGCUAUUUUUGUAUUUCAAAUUGUACCCUGAAUAGUGUGUAUAUACACUAUAAUAAUUCAAGACAAGUAUUACUAUUUUUUUGUUUAAAUGGAAAACGCAAUCUCCCUACAAGAUGUUUCCAUCCUGUAUACAAAUAACUAUAAAGAGAAUAUAGCUACUUCCGCUGGAUCACCUGGCCAAAUAAAUUAAUUUCAGUAAUAUUUCACUUGUUCAGGCAUCAAGGAAUGGAGGGCAGAAUGAGAAACCCAUUGACAAGGAAGUUAUAGAGGUAGGGCAAUUGAAAGGUAUGCCACCAGAAAAAGAUUGUUUAAUAGUAGCAGUAAUAAGAAAUGAAAAUGAUGUAAGUGAUGAAGCAUCAAGUUUGCAAGUGAUCAAUGAAGAGGUAACUACCACAGGCAGUGUAGACAUGCCGGAAAUCACUGAAGAGGUGACGAUCGAAGACACUAUAAGUAUGCUAGGAAGAGAAUGUACUCGGAUGAUGUUGAGAUAAAUGAGGUAAGCACGUCUCCAAAAAGAGCAUGUACAUGUACAACCAGUUCUUCUGAGAAAAGUGCAAAUGAUCACUCAUAUUGUAUAAAAUCUCCUCAUAGAGUGAGGAGACAAGUUGAUCAUCUUAUAGGUGAAGUAGGAAAUCUAAAGAAGAUAUUGAAAAUAGUGCAACAGAAAACGAGGAGAAGGGACAGAAAGGUUAGUAUGUUGGCUUCAGUGGUAAGUGAACUGAAAGAGAAAAAUCUAAUCAAUAGUAAUUGUGCAGCCCUUUUAAAAACGACUUUUUCUGGAGUUCCUAGGGAGCUCAUGAAAAGGUUAGUGACACAAAAGAAAAAGAAAAAUCCUGGGGCGUAUCCACCAGAGCUUAGAUAAUUUUCCCUGACCUUGAAAUUUUAUUCUACAAAGGCGUAUAACUAUGUUCGGAAUAGUUUUGAUUUAGGGCUGCCACAUGUAUCCGUGAUUCGGUCGUGGUACAGUUCUAUGAAUGGCGAAGCAGGUUUCACUAAGAACACAUUGGUGGCAUUGAGAGCCAAAGUUCUAGCUGCAGAACGAGAUAACCAAGAAGUUGUUUGCACACUUAUGCUUGAUGAGAUGUCCAUACACAAACAUGUCGAGUGGGAUGGUAAGCAGUUCCGCAGUUAUGUUGACCUUGGUACAGGCAUCAAUGACGAUUCACUACCCGAAGCAAUGGACGCCCUUGUAUUUAUGGCGGUGUCGGUAAACUCCGGUUGGAAAGUGCCAUGUGGGUAUUUUCUAGUGAAUGGUCUUACUGGAGAAGAGAAAGCCAACUUGACCAAAGAAUGUAUAACCAAGUUGCACGAAGUAGGGGUGAAGGUGGUCUAUUUUAUAUGCGAUGGUCUCACGUCUCACCAGGCAAUGUUGAAAUUGCUUGGCGCACAACUGUUACCUGAGAGCUUGCAAGCGUACUUCCAACAUCCCGACAGCCAAGAUCUAUAUUUUCCUAGAUGCUUGUCACAUGAUAAAGUUGGUGAGAAACACCAUGUCUGA